AUGUCCCUAGAGACAACAAAUGAUCUUUGGGUAGAUUAUGCAUCCCAAGCAACCACUCAUGGUCUACGAAGGAUAGUUGAAAGCAGAAAAACUGGAUGGAAAAUUUUCUGGGUUAUUAUUUUUUUAAUAGCCCUAGCUGCUUGCACAUAUCAUUGUUCGUUUCUAAUACGAAAGUAUUUAAAUUUUGCCAAAGUAACAACAGCUGAAGAAAUUCAUUCUAGAGAACUUGAUUUUCCUGCUUUGACGGUCUGCAAUUUAAAUAUAUUAAAGAAAUCUUUCUUUGAUGACCAGUUAGCAAAAAAUCAAAAUUCCACUUAUAAUAGAGAUAAAGGUUUUUGUUUCGAGUCUGAAAGCCAGUUUUUAAAUGAAAGUCAAGCAAAAGAUUUGAGUGAUAUAUGGGGAAACCUUGGAAUAACACUUCAACACCUUCAAACAUAUGGACAUAAAGUGUAUGAUUUAAUUGUGCAAUGCACAUAUAAUGCAAAAGAUUGUUUUGACCAAAGUAUUACAAAAUAUUUGCCACUAGUGACGGAAAAUAUAACAAUCACUGAUUACCCUUCAACAAGAUUAGGUUAUUGCCAUACAAUCAAAUUGAAUCAAAGCACACUCGGAAAAGUUAGACGAACAGGUCAAACUCUUGGUUUGACUUUAACCUUGAAUAUAGAAAGAACUCAAUAUUGGGAUUUAUUAUCACCUGAAUAUGGAGUUCGAAUCAUGGUUCACCCUCGUUACGCGUAUCCUACAGUUGAUCGGGGAGGAAUAGUUCUGCAUCCGGGUACCAAGUCUUACAUGAGUAUUAGAAUCCGAGAAAUUGAAAGACUUUCUACUCCGUAUGGUGAUUGCUCAAAAAGUUUUGAAGAUUCUCCAUUAUAUGAUAUUUUAAAAGCAAGAGACAGCUUUAUUUUGAAGAGUCGUCAGUAUUAUACAUAUGAAGAUCCAGUCGAGAAAGAUAUCAGCAGUUUGGGAGCAAGAGACAGAGCCGAGGGCUCGGUGUCUUACGUUAAAAUCUCCGACGAUGAUGAAGGGACAAUCACGCUGAAUUGGACUAUAAUUGCCGUUGCAAUUUCUGCAGCACUGGACCCUAGUACAUGGGCCCUGAUGUUCAGAGGAAAGGCCUCCACAGUUGUGGCAUCUGGUUGGGGAUUUACAUUUUGCCAAUCAGUUUGUCGGGAAUUGCACCUUCUUAACAAGUGUGACUGCGUUGAAGAACAAUUCAUCAACAGUUCAUUUAAAUUUUGCAAUCCUUGCAAUGAUAAGGAAGGUAAAUAUUUUCAAGAAGGUUAUUUUUUAUGUAGCACACUAGAAUUUAUUGAAAAAAGAUGCAAAGAUAGGUUCAAGAAAGAAUUUGAUGAUGAUGAAAACAACAAAUGCACCGUGCUCUGCAAGCCAGCAUGCCAAGAUACCCGGUAUGAUGUUACUUUAUCAACAUCAGAAUGGCCUAAUUUAGAAUUUCAAGAAUUUGUCCUUGACCGGUGGCCUGACCUCAGACCAGACUUUCUAGAAAAUCCAGAUGAUAACAGUUCCACCCAACUAAAUGAAACAUUUAUUAACAAAAACUACUUGAGAGUUCACAUUUUUAUUCAAGAAAUGAAUUAUCUUCGGUUUAUGGACAUUGAAGCUUACACGCUUCCUGAGUUGUUUGCUGAUUUAGGUGGUUGUUUAGGUUUAUACAUUGGAGUAUCUGUCAUAUCUAUCAUCGAAUUUCAAGAACUGUUAUUUCACAUACUAGUUCUGUUUGCAACAAAAUUAAAUCAUAGUUUCUACAUCGACUCUGGUGGUUCACUAAACGACGGAAGAGCCAGAAGCCGGUCAGUUGAUGAUUUGAUCAGAUUCUCAAACAAAACUUAUGUUCGUGAUCUUAGGCCUGACGGACCAACACCGCCAUCAGUUUGGGUUCGUGGAAAAAAAGGAUGUAAAUGUCAAAAUGCAUUCACAAUCAGUGAUGCUCAAUAUUUAGCAAAGAGUGAUGCCAUCCACAAUAAUCUAUGCCUUAACUGCUUAUCAGGUGAUGAAAAUCAUCUAAAAAAACAUAACAGAAGAAGACAUUUUAAAACUGUUAUCAGUGCAGCUCCCAGCAUCAGUCAUUCAAAUUAAGAUGCAUUUCAACAAAUAUAAAAAAAAUAAACAAUAGGAAAUCUGUAAAUAAGUAUAACUGCUUUACUUUCGAAAAAAAGUAUAAUAAAAAUAUUCCAUUUAAGUGAAAAA